AUGGCCUGGCCUUGCGUGACCAGGGCAUGUUGCAUCGCUCGUUUUGGCAAUAAGCAAGACAAGGGGGACAUUGCCGUCCCUUUAAUGUUCUCGAAAUAUUCGGAGGUAACAGACGGUUCUCAGUCGCUACCACGCCCUGGGUCUGCUGCCAUAGAAACCCAGCCGUACUAUGGGGGCCAGUCUAGGUUAUCGAAAGAGUUGUCUUCGAGGGGCUCCGUCAUGAGGCAGGACUACAAGCCCUGGAAAUCCACCCCUGAGCCAAGCUGCAAACCUCGAAGCGAAUACCAGCCUUCCGAAGCUCCUUUGGAAAGGGAGACCCAAUACAAGAAAGAUUAUCGAUCCUGGCCGAUCCCUCGCCAAGGUGACCAUCCUUGGAUCCCCAAGCCCAUCCCUCCUAGCCCCUCAAUGCAUAUCCAUCCUAUCAUUCCAGAAAAAAAGAAGACGGAUGCCAUGGGCUCUAUUUUGCCACCCUUGGAGAAAAGGAUCAAUGAUCCUGACCCUAGGGAGAGUGCCGAGCACAGGUUGCUGAAAGGAAGGGUGGCGAUUGCAUACAACGUGACCCCGGAGAUUUUGGUAUCUGUAGUGGAGGAAAGCAAAGUCAUCCAACAUCUGGAGCUGAUGGCCAAACCACCUGCCAAGGAGACAAGUCAAGGGGGAGAAGACAUUGGAACGAGAUCUUCAUACAGGUUAAGUUCAGUUUUAACUCUUUCCAGUUCAUAUGACCAAAUUGAGGGAUUUGCAGAUGUAGUGUAA